AUGGACAUCAACAAGCCCAUCGAACUCAUUCACGACGUCCAGAAGCGACUCUGGGUCGAGCGAGUUAACCAAGCUCGCGUUGCAGGCCAUAUAACGAGCUGGAUAUCAUCCUUGCAUCCCAAAAAGCUUGAGUGUAUGCUGGACUGUAACUUCCUGAACGGUUCGUACAACCUGUGCCAGAAGUUGCGCUUUUGCGACGGCACCACCUGGCUGCUCCGUAUGCCCAUCAUCGGGAGCGUCUGCGACGAGUACGCCGACGAGAAGAUUGCAGUGGAGGUGGAGGUACUGAGCCUCCUCCGCAAUAGCAACGUCCCCGUCCCGGGCAUCAUUGCCUGGGGGCUGACAGCUGCUAAUCCGCUCGGCCUGGGGCCCUACAUUGUGAUGGAUUUCAUCGAAGGGGUCAGCGUCAACACGCUGCUGCGGCAGCAGCACAACACCAGAUUGCUCAGGGAUGACAUUUGCGAUGAUGACGUUAAAUUCCUCUACCGACAGUUCGCCCGUAUCCUCCUCCAACUUUUCCAGAUCGACUUUCCUAUGCUGGGCAGCCUCCCGACCCCCGUGACCGGAUUUAACGCUCCUGUCCGGCCCCUGACUUUCAAGGCGCACGACAUCCUGCAAACUGGAGGAGUCGAUACUUUUGGCGACCGUACCAUAGGCUUCUCUGACACUGCUGAUUAUUUCUGCUAUCUGGCUGGCCAAGACUGGGCCCAAUUCCAACGCCAGCCUAACUCGGGUGGCGGUCCCACCGUCACCCAGGCCAAAUACGCUGCCCUUCGCGCCCUCCAGGCCGUCGCCCCGCAGCUUGUCGAACCUAGCUACGCAUCUGGCCCCUACAAGCUCGUUUGUGACGAUCUCGGCCUCGCUAACCUCAUCGUCCGGAGCGCAGACGACCUCACUGUGGUCGGGGUGGUGGACCUCGAGUGGUCGUACGCCGGCCCCGCGCAGCUGUUCGGCUCGGCCCCCUGGUGGCUGUUGCAAGACCGGCUGAAUAACUACGACACUUUCCUCGACAAAGAAGAGGCUCCCAGGGUAUUAGGGAGGUAUCUACGGAACCUGGACGUGUUUAAGACCGUGCUCGAGGAAGAGGAGGCGCGGAUGCCAGGCCAGCAAACUAUGGAGUUAUCUCGCCUGGUGAGGCACUCCGAGGAGUCGGGGAGCAUGUGGCUGCACAUGUUGCUGUCGUGGGGGUUCAAUCACCCGGAUAGCCUACCCUUCACGCAACUUCAGGCGCGCCUCGGGCAGGAGCGGUGGAAGGAGCUGGAGGAGGGCCACCACGGAAAGGAGGCAAGGGAGUUCACGGAACAGAAGCUAGCGGAAUUAGACAAGUAUGACGAGAUGGUGGAGAGGAUGGAGUCCCUGCAGGAUGAUGUAGAAAAUGGGAAGAUGACGAUAGAGGCGUUCGUUGCAGUACUCAGAGAAUCAAACGGGUUUGGAAAAGCCUGA